AUGGGAGUUGAUCCCCUGUCCCCUGUCGCACCUGCGCGCCUCAAUGUGCUUCUGCUCCCUGUUGGGAGAAUCAAGCGCUCUCGGUUCCUCAGUUUUGCUGCACGGAUCCAAGCCGAAAAUGUCGUCCGCUUGGGGGACGUCAGUCCCGAUCCGCGGCCAAACCGAAACAUGUUUACUCCAUUGGCCUUUCCGAAUGGAAUGAUUCUAUAUGACCUGUCCUUCUCCGUUCCACCAAUAUCCCAUCUUGAGUUGUUUCCGUUCGAGAUCUUUCGAGAGCCCUUAGUGGUCCUAGCAAUUGCUGAUGGCGCCGAACUUCAAGAUAAUACGAAGGAGCGCCCGGGUAAAAACCAGUCCAGUCCAAAGAAAGAUGCUGGUGUGAACACGCCUCCGAGCCCGGAAGGGUUGAAAGACCUCCUGCAGGAGCUAUCGUCGGUGAAGGAACAGAACCCAAAAGCUUUGGUUUGCCAACUGCUCGUGUUUGAAUAUGAUGGUCUGGAUAAGUUGCUCAGUGGUCCGGAGGAUGUAAUUUGGGUUCCAAGUCCUCAGGCGUCGAGACCGACAACGAUGAAGACGGUUCUGUGUGAUAUAACAUCUUUGCUUCUGGGUGAACUGGACCAAUUUGCAAAGCUCAUGCAGAGCAUUCCGGCAAUCGAGUCUCCAAGAGCCUCAUCAUGGGGUCCUCGUCGAGGUCCGGAGCUUCGACCACGUCUGUUUGACAAGCUCAUGCAUAGGAUGACCAUGCCGGCUCAACUUCCGUCCGCUCCCAACGGGGGUUCCGAGUCUGCAGGAAGUUCUGGUCGAUCUUCUCCUGCCCCGGGUGGACACGAGUCACCUACCACAUUUGAUGAAAUCACUCGCUCCAUCCAACUCGCCAACCGUUCCAAUUCCACCGGGAAACAACCGUCUUCGAAAGAGACUAGUCGUGAUCGGAUGUCUGUCCAGGGAAUGAGCGCGGCCGACCGAACCAAGAAUAGGAUCAAAGGACGCCUAGGUGUCGUAAUUGGCACUUUAUACCUUCAAUCGGGCAGAUGGCCCGAUGCUUUGAAGGAACUGGUGGAAGCGGCGUCAAUGGCCAGAGCCGGCAGUGACUAUGUGUGGCACGGAAAGGCUCUUGAAUCGAUUUUGCUGUGUCUGCUGAUGCUUGGCUGGGCUGGAAUGGAUUUCCAGAUACCUCAAGUUUGUUAUCCGGUUGCCGAUAAAUCAGGUUCAAAAUCCUCAUACACUAGCGGCGAUACCACCAGUUCAGCUCAAACGACUCCGGGAAAUAGAGUCGUCUCAUUGCAAAAUCUGGCGAAUCUCCUACCCGAUCUUUGCAACAAUAUCAUAAAUUUAUAUAACCGCGCAGCUGCCAUAACGGACGAGCCUCUGCCACCGUUGGUAUUUUCCGAAACGGUGAUACGCUUGUCGCGAUUGUUAACUGCUAUCCGUAUACGGGAUGGGAAUCUAGAUGACAACGCACUGGAGCAUAUCGUUAUGAAUGAGCCUUUGAUACCUUUGCACCAACCAGAGCGUCCGCGUGGAGCGCCUCUCCUGCGAAAGAGUGAGAUUGCAAAUUUUCUCUUCCGUGCUUUACCACCUUCGCCGAGCUCUGAUAUGCCAGCCACGGAUGCGGAAAAAGCAUUUGUCCUAAAAGAAUUGCUCUCGAUCAUGAUACCCAGUCUGGUGGAGGCUCGUAAAAUUGGCGCCGCUGAAGUUGGAAUCCAUCCCGCCGCCGGCCUGUCAUCCCUCAGCGAUACCUCAUUUGAUAUAAAUGCUCUCGACAUAGGUCAUGGCAACAUGGAAGCAAGUAUUCGCGCUCUCCUCAGCAUGAUCGGAGAGACAUAUGGUGUGCAGCCGUCAGCAUAUCACGAGCACAAAAGAAACAGACCUGUGUCGGCUAUAAGCGACUCUGACUAUGACUCGGUUGCAGCAAUUGUUGAGCGCUCAUUCCGUCACGUUACGCUAAAUGGUUAUGGGGACUUAAACUUGAAAAUCGAUAUCCUGAAAGCCUCCAUCAACCUCUGCGAGGCACUUCCAGAUUUCGAAGGUGUCCUUCAAUACACGGUUGAGCUUCUUCAGACGAUACGUGGCGAUCUGAUGCUUCCCGAAACGUCUCGAAUUCCUCCGCUUUUACCGCCAGACGAACAAAUUCGCCUCCUCAACAACAUCAAACGCACAGUUGGUGCGGCCCAUAAGCUAGGAGCUGUAGGUCUCGAGGCGGAAUACUGGGACGACUUUCUUGUCCGUGGCGUGGAGUUGAUGGAGUUCCCUGAGUCCAAGAGACCCUUCCGUCGAUCAAAGAAGGACUUGAGCACGGUACCUGUCGAUAAAUCGAAACAGGAGCCGUUCUUAUACAGUCCAUUCUCCAAGUUGAACGGCAAAGCGUCCGAGUCACUGCUGAUAGCCAAAGAAUCUGCGACGUUCAAAGUCAUUCUCCAAAACCCCUACGAGUUCGACCUCGAAAUCGAAAGUCUACGCCUUGACAGCGAAGGCGGUGUCUUGGAGGCGGAGGUGUUCGGUGUCUGGGUUCCUCCGUUUUCCUUGCAAGAAGUGCUUGUUCCUGGGGUAGCCCACACCGAAGGGACCCUUACUAUUACUGGCUGCAUCGUCAAGGUCCGCCAUUGUCGACGAAGGAAGUUUCCCAUCUUCGCAAAGCUUUGGAAGCCCGAGCCCGAGAAGAAACUCAAGCGCACUGGGCUGGCAGCCAAAAAACCCCUUACAGAACGGCCCUUGUCUUGGAGUUCGACGACUUCGAAAGAUGGAAAAGUGGUGGCCAAACUGGGGCCUGAAACAGCUACGUGCUCACUAAAGGUCAUCAAUCCGCAGCCCACCGUCAUCGUGCAGUCAACUUCGCUCUCUCAAUCUGCGGUAAUGGUUCUGGAAGGAGAAACGAGAUCUUUCGAUGUCACCUUGCAAAACACCUCCUCCUGUCCUGUUGAUUUUGUACUCUUCACCUUUCAGGAUUCUACCACACGUCAACUGCAGUCCGCCUUGAGCAACAAAGAUCUGUUGCCUCCAGAGAUCUAUGAGCUGGAACUUCAACUGUCCACAAAACCGUCAUUACGGUGGCGGCGCCAAGGAACAAACCCUGAGGAUGUCAUGAUUGCCCCGGGUCAGAAGGCUACGUUCACCGUGGAGGUAUUCGGCAAACCGGGCUUGCAGGAUGCGGUUGUCCAGAUAGAUUAUUGUCACCUCGGGACUCCUCGCGAUGAUAUUCCGGAAACAUUUUAUACCAGGCAACUUUCACUUCCUAUCAUGGUUACUGUGAACGCCAGUGUGGAGGUGACUCGCUGUGAUAUCGUUCCUCUCACAGGUGAUUUUGCAUGGUUUAACCAGAAUCAUCAGAAGUCGCACUCUUCCAGUGAUGACGAGAAAUCAACGUCGCUGUCCUCACUGGAGAGUGGCAUCGCUCAGUUCACAUCUAUGCUUCCGCGUCUUGGUGUUGAGCCAUACGGUUCGGAUCAUUGCCUCAUGAUACUUGACCUUCGUAACGCAUGGCCAAAUCCUCUUUCUGUGACACUGCAUGUCAGUGAACACCCUCGCGCGGACACAGACAGCUCGGAUGAAGCUAGCGAUGGUUCUUCCACUGUCACUGGAGAUCUUCAGCCGGGCCAGAUAUCCCGAUUUAUCCUUGUGCUGCCGAGGAUCUUCCUGGACAACCCUCACGCCGCUAUACCAUUCUUAAACACCGGGUUUAGGAGGCAAUUCGUAGUGAGCGCCACCAAACUGUCCUUCGAGGCUGAAGCGGCAUCUAGAGAGGCAUUCUGGUAUCGGGAAGAGCUUCUCAAACGUGUAUUUGGGGUGUGGAAGGAAGAAGCGACGGGAAGAGAAGGCAGAGUUGACUUCCGGAGUAUCCGACUGAACCCGCGAAUGGUGGAUGCGAUGCGCCUCGAAGACGUCGAAGUGACCUUCUCGUUGUCUCCUCUUCAUGGCAAGGAUGGCGCCGUGACUCAGACUAGACGGUCGAAAUACGUUGUCAAGACAAAUGACUUCCUAACUCUGAGUGUGAAGAUCCACAACCGAUCCUCGAGGCCCAUACACCCGCUGCUUCGAUUGCAGCCCGGACUUUGUAACCAGCCCAGCACAAUUGCCCUUGAUCUCUCGAGACGUCUUGCCUGGACCGGCAUGUUACAGCGGGUCCUUCCUGUUUUGGAAGGGGGUCAGACAACGGAGGUAACACUCGGCGUGACGGUCCUCUGUAGAGGAGAAUACGAAAUCGGAGCGAGCGUGGAGGAAGUCAGGAUCAUCAAGCCGCCUUCUCACGGCAAGGAAAACACGACACCCGAGGGGUCACAAUCAAAACAUGGCCACAAAGUAAGUGCGCAAGUCGUGCAUGACGGGAAUACCCCUCCAGCCGAUACGUUUGGAGUGGACGUCAUGAAGACGAGACGCGUAUGGCACGCGCGAGAAUACUGUAUAAUAUUUGCUCGCGAUUGA